ACCAUGGCUUCUAAUCUAAAGGGUCAGCUUGAGACUGUAGUAGAACUCAAGUGCACUCCUGACCAAUUCCUCAAACUCUGGAAGAGUCAAGGCCACCAGAUUCCCAAUCAUACUCCCUCCAACAUACAAGGAGUUCGAGUCCAUGAAGGUGACUGGGAGACUUCUGGUUCCAUCAAGGUCUGGGACUACACCAUUGAAGGAAGACCUGAAGUGUUCAAAGAGAAAGUCGAAAUUGAUGAAGAGAAGAAGAUAGUGAAACUGAUUGGUCUAGACGGUGACGUUUUCAAACUUUACAAGGUAUAUAAUGGGAUGUGGCAUGUUAUGCCCAAGGGCCAAGGGAGCUUGGCAAAAACGGUGAUUGAAUAUGAGAAACUCAACGAAAGCGUCCCAACUCCUCAUAUAUAUUUGGAUUUUAUUGUUGGUGUGACUAAGGAUAUAGAUGCAGGCCUUGUGCUGUACUUUGAUCUUUUCUCUAAAAUGGCCUUAUCAGGCAAGCUAGAGACUGAAGUAGAGGUCAAAGUAUCCGCCGAUAAGGCCUUCGGCAUAUUUAAAGGCCAAAUGCACCAACUUCCCAACAUCGCGCCUGACAUAGUGCACAAAGCUGAGAUUCAUGAAGGCAACUGGGAGACUCCAGGCUCCAUCAAGCACUGGAAUUAUACCAUAGAUGGUAACGUUCUGAGUCUGAAGGAGAAGGUGGAGAAAAUAGACGAGGAGAACAAAUCUAUCACCUUUAAGAUUGUGGAUGGAGAAGUGUUGAAGCUUUACAAGAACAUGAAGGUGACCGUUCAAGUAACUGCAAAAAAUGAAGAAACCAGCUUCAUGAAAAUGAUAAUUGAUUAUGAGAAAGCAAAGGAGGAUUCGGCUGAUCCACAUUCUUACUUGGAAUUUGGUACCAAGGUGUUUCAGUAUAUCGAGAAUCAUCUUCUCAAGGCCUAGCCCUAAUUAAUUAAAUAAUCAAUGUGCUUGCCUUGAAUAAGUAUGUUUAAUAAUUAAAAGAUGUGUUCAGUAAGUUUGCUCAAUAUGUAUUAUGUUUGUGGGUUCCGUUUUCAUGGAUGUAGAUUUUGUGCUUCUAAUAAAUUUCGAAUUUGUUAUAA